AUGAAGGUUCUCAUCGUUCUCGCCGUUGCCUGUGCCGCCGCUCACGCCGGUUUCAUCGGUGGUGGCCAUGGAGGAACUUCUACCCAGCACCGUUCUCAAGAUAUCUCCGGCGCCUACAGCUUCGGCUACAAUGAGAACCACGCCACAGGCGGCACUUCUCGCUGGGAAUCCGGUGACGGCGUGGGCAACAAGAAGGGCUCGUACAGCCUGCGUGGUGCUGACGGCCGCUGGCGUACCGUCAAGUACGUCGCUGAUGGCGCUGGAUUCCGCGCAGCCGUGUCCACCAACGAGCCAGGCACUGCUCCAUCCUCCCCCGCCUCUGCUGGCAUCAAUGCGCCUAUUCUUCACGUUCCUGCCGGACACUAUGAUGGUGGCUACGGAGGCUACGGUGGUGCCUAUGGAGCUGGAGUGUAUGGAGGUGGAGUGUAUCUUGGAGGCACUGGUUAUGGAGCUGGAGGUUACUACGGAGCUGGAGCCGGCAUCGGAGCCGGAGCGACCAAAGCGGCCCACGUCUUCGGUGCUGCUAUUCCCGGAACUGGCUUCGGUGGCUUCGGUGGGUUUGGCGGUUUCGGAGGUUACGGCGGCUACGGAGGAGGCUAUGGAGGUUACGGACACCAUGGCUAUGGUGGUCAUGGCAUCGUUAAGCAUUAUUAAGUUAUGUAACAAAGAUGAAUGCUAGUUCAUUGUUGCCUAAACACUCCUUUAGUUAAUGUUCAUUGUUUCUCUUAUUCUUGGCACCAGUGAUUCGUCGUGAUUGUCACUCACUCUUCGAUAGUCUAUGCUUAUUAUAUGGCCACCUUUCGUGCAAAGACUCACGAGUUCCUAAACGUACUGCCUUGGUGGUUCAGUGCUGCUCAACUUCGUUCAUUAUUUUCCUUCAUGUGUUUGUAUAAUAGUGUGUGUCGUGUUUC